AUGGAGGAAAUUACACAACUUCCGUGUAAACACAACUCUCUAUAUUACGAAUACAGUUUAGUAGUAUCCGGUUUUCUUGCCAGUUUCUACAUUUUAUCAGUUUUUCUUCGAUUCGUCUUUGUGUAUGUAGUUUGUCGUUUCUUCAAUCCUCUUCGAAAUGAAAGUGGAAGAUGGGCAAUCGUCACUGGUGGUAAUUCGGGCAUCGGCCGCAGUUACGCUUUCGAACUGGCCAAAAACGGAAUGAAUCUGAUAAUUGUGGCCAGAACAGAGCAAACUCUUCGAACUACGGCCGAAGAAAUCCGAAAAACUUAUGGUGUUGAAUGUCGUUACAUCCCUGUCGAUUUAGGAAAUGAUAUUGCUUUCCAUCGUGUGGCCGAGGAAGCGAGAGGUAAGGAUAUAUCUGUGGUAAUCAAUAACGCUGGCAUUAUUGGAAAUGUUCCUUGUCUCUUCCUAUCAGAAACCGAUACAAAUCUUUUAUCAAUGAUUAAUUUACAUGUAAAAGCAGUGGUGAAUUUAUCCCAGUUGAUGCUAUCGUCCAUGCUCUCUAAGAAACGAGGCAUCGUAGUAACUAUAUCAUCGUUUUCUUCCAUUUAUCCUGUUCCCUGCUUCAGUCACUAUUCAUCUUGUAAAGCAUUUUCGGAUCGCUUUACUAGAGCAAUUUCUUUCGAGUACGAGAAUGAAGGACUUCGCAUCCAAUCCCUCAUUCCUAAUCUUGUAUCGACUCGAGUUAUAAACUACGUUCGGUGCAAAUUUCUAAUUCCUACUGGCGAUGCGUUUGUUUCGGAUGCUGUAAGAACCAUAGGUGCCUCACGUCAUACCACUGGAUAUUGGACACACGAAAUACAACGAUACGUAACAGAGUACUUACCUAUCUCAUUAUCGAUGUACUUAAUGUUAAAGUUUGCGAGAAAAACCAGGAAUUAUUUUAGAAUGUCAGUAAAUGUAAAUGUAAACUGA